CAAACGAAGGAAGGCCAGGCUCUGUUCUUUCUUCUUUCCCUCCCUCUUUCUAGCGGUGAGUAGUUAAACGAAAAUAACGUCGUUGAUGUCGACGUAGCCUCGAAAAUGCCUUCACCAACGCCCAAAAAGCGUUCAAAAUCGGAGCACAAAUCGUAUUCUUCAUCAUCCGCUUCAAAAUCUUCAUUAAGCGCUAUAAUCGAGCCACCCCAGAGCUUAUUCCCUUCGCAAGGAGAGUUUUUGCGGCUCAUAGCCGUACUCGCCAUCGCAUCCGCAGUAGCUCUCUCCUGCAACUUCUUCGCCACCUUCUUCACCUCCACCUCUAAACCCUUUUGCGAUACUAACGUAGACCCCGCCGAUUCUCUCUCUGAUUCUUGUGAGCCUUGUCCAAGUAAUGGGGAAUGCUAUGAAGGCGAGUUGGAAUGUAUUUAUGGCUAUAGAAGACAUGGAAAGCUGUGUAUAGAAGAUAAAGAUAUCAAUGAAACAGCUAAGAAACUCUCCGAAUGGGUAGAAGCCGGCCUUUGUGAAGCUUAUGCUCAAGUUAUGUGCUAUGGGACUGGGACAAUUUGGGUUCGAGAAAAUGAUAUGUGGAAUGAUUUAGAUGAGCACAAGUCUAUGCAAAAUGUUGUCUCAGACCAUACAACAUAUGUGUACACAAAAAGAAGAGCAAUGGAGACAAUAGCUAAAUUAUUAGAGACAAGAACAAAUCUCCAUGGGUUACUGGAAUUCAAGUGUCCAGAUGCUAUGGCAGAGUAUUACAAACCCUUGACCUGUCGUAUCCGUGAAUUCGUCUCCAAGCAUGCUCUUAUUAUUGUGCCUGUUUGUACAGUGCUUAAAGGAUGUGCGGUAUUGUUUUGGAAAGUCCGUCGGAGAAGGUAUCUUUCAGCUAGAGCAGAGGAGCUUUAUAAUCAGGUCUGCAAUAUGCUUGAGGAGAAUGCGUCGAGGUCGAAGAGUGUCGUUGGAGGAGGUGAACCAUGGGUUGUUGCCUCAUGGUUGCGAGAUCAUCUCCUUUUGCCUAGAGAAAGAAAGGAUCCUCAGUUGUGGAAAAAGGUUGAGGAAUUGGUACAGGACGAUUCGCGAGUAGAUCGUUACCCCAAGCUUGUUAAGGGUGAAUCAAAAGUGGUGUGGGAAUGGCAAGUUGAAGGUUCUUUGAGCUCUGCAGGGAAGAGAAAAAAAGAGGGAGUCGAAGUGAAAUCAGAUGAAGGCAUCAACACAAACGUAAAUCAAUCAGGGCAAAGAUCGGAGGCUGAACCAAAAACACUGAUCUUUUGA